CGCGUCCUCGUCUCGGUAUUUCGGCUCUCAUAGCUGUGGUCCACGAGAGGAGCGGCUUCUGGGGCGCGCGCCUGUCUGCGACCUCCAGUUUUCUGUCUCACGCCCUCCUGUUGGGUCGCAAUGGUGCCUCGAGAGCGCGCAGGACUCCGCUUCUGAGGCUAGGGGCGGCGGGCUGGAGGCUCGCUGCGUGGGGAAGUUUGAAGAAUGUUAGAAGUCUUAACUCAGGACAAGCAGCAGAAAUACAUUCAACAUGGUGACUGAACUGUUUGGAGACACUGGAAGAAGUAUCAGAGAUAAGUGAUCCAAGGAAGGGUGAUUCUGGAACCUUAAGGACUCUGCAAUAUGAAUAAUUCUCUGGAGAACACCAUUUCCUUUGAAGAAUACAUCCGAGUGAAGGCACGAUCUGUCCCACAACACAGGAUGAAGGAAUUUCUGGACUCAUUGGCCUCUAAGGGUCCAGAAGCCCUUCAGGAAUUCCAGCAGACGGCCACCACUACCAUGGUGUACCAACAGGGUGGGAACUGCAUUUACACAGACAGCACUGAAGUGGCUGGGUCUUUGCUUGAACUUGCUUGUCCAGUUACCACCAGUGUUCAGCCACAGACCCAGCAAGAACAGCAGAUCCAGGUUCAGCAGCCACAGCAGGUUCAGGUACAGGUGCAGGUACAGCAGUCCCCACAGCAGGUCUCGGCUCAGCAGCUCUCCCCGCAGCUCACCGUUCACCAGCCUGCCGAGCAGCCCAUCCAGGUUCAGGUGCAGAUCCAAGGACAGGCACCGCAGUCAGCAGCCCCUUCCAUCCAGACCCCAUCUCUGCAGAGCCCUAAUCCCUCGCAGCUGCAAGCGGCCCAGAUCCAGGUGCAGCAUGUGCAGGCAGCUCAGCAGAUCCAAGCAGCUGAAAUUCCGGAGGAGCACAUCCCACAUCAGCAAAUCCAGGCUCAGCUGGUUGCUGGCCAGUCUCUUGCUGGGGGUCAGCAGAUCCAAAUCCAGACUGUGGGUGCCCUUUCCCCACCACCAUCCCAGCAGGGCUCACCUCGGGAAGGGGAGCGCCGGGUUGGCACGGCCAGUGUCCUCCAGCCAGUGAAGAAGCGCAAAGUGGACAUGCCCAUCACUGUGUCCUAUGCCAUCUCAGGUCAGCCAGUGGCCACCGUGUUGGCCAUUCCACAGGGCCAGCAACAGAGUUACGUGUCUUUGAGGCCAGACUUGCUGACAGUAGACAGUGCCCACCUAUACAGUGCCACUGGGACCAUUACUAGCCCUACAGGAGAAACUUGGACCAUCCCUGUUUAUUCUGCCCAGCCCCGGGGGGACCCUCAGCAGCAGAGCAUUACCCACAUUGCCAUUCCCCAGGAAGCCUACAACGCAGUUCAUGUCAGUGGCUCACCCACAGCCCUGGCAGCUGUAAAGCUGGAGGAUGACAAGGAGAAGAUGGUGGGUACCACAUCUGUAGUGAAAAACUCCCACGAAGAGGUUGUGCAGACCCUUGCAAACUCACUCUUUCCAGCACAGUUCAUGAAUGGCAACAUCCACAUUCCAGUGGCUGUGCAGGCUGUGGCAGGCACGUACCAGAAUACGGCUCAGACUGUCCAUAUAUGGGAUCCCCAGCAACAGCCACAGCAGCAAACUCCCCAAGAACAGACACCGCCACCACCACAGCAGCAGCAGCAGCUCCAGGUUACUUGUUCAGCUCAGACCGUCCAAGUUGCUGAAGUUGAACCACAAUCACAGCCACAGCCUUCCCCAGAACUUCUGCUUCCAAAUUCUUUGAAGCCAGAAGAAGGGCUUGAAGUAUGGAAAAACUGGGCCCAGACUAAGAAUGCUGAACUGGAGAAGGAUGCUCAGAACAGAUUGGCCCCCAUUGGGAGGCGCCAACUGCUGCGUUUCCAAGAAGAUCUCAUCUCCUCUGCUGUGGCUGAGUUGAAUUAUGGGCUGUGUCUAAUGACACGGGAAGCUCGAAAUGGAGAAGGUGAACCCUAUGACCCUGACGUGCUCUACUAUAUUUUCCUGUGUAUUCAAAAGUAUCUUUUUGAAAAUGGAAGGGUAGAUGACAUUUUCUCUGAUCUUUACUAUGUUCGAUUCACGGAGUGGCUUCAUGAAGUUUUGAAGGAUGUUCAGCCCCGGGUCACUCCACUUGGCUACGUUCUGCCCAGCCACGUGACUGAGGAGAUGCUGUGGGAGUGCAAACAGCUUGGGGCGCACUCCCCCUCUACCCUGCUGACCACCCUCAUGUUCUUUAAUACCAAGUACUUCCUGUUGAAGACAGUGGACCAGCACGUGAAACUGGCCUUCUCCAAGGUCUUGCGACAGACAAAGAAGAACCCCUCUAAUCCAAAGGAUAAAAGCACAAGUAUCCGGUACCUGAAGGCCCUUGGAAUACACCAGACUGGCCAGAAAGUUACAGAUGACAUGUAUGCAGAACAGACAGAAAAUCCAGAGAAUCCACUGCGGUGUCCCAUCAAGCUCUACGAUUUCUACCUCUUCAAAUGUCCCCAGAGUGUGAAAGGCCGGAAUGACACCUUUUACCUGACACCUGAGCCAGUAGUGGCCCCCAACAGCCCAAUCUGGUACUCAGUCCAGCCUAUCAGCAGAGAGCAGAUGGGACAAAUGCUGACCCGGAUCCUGGUGAUACGAGAAAUUCAGGAGGCCAUUGCAGUGGCCAAUGCGAGCACCAUGCACUGAGAUGCCUCAGCCAUGGUACAAGAGAAACCAACCAGGAAAAACCAGACAGACUUUCACACUAAAGAAGAGGCCUCCAUUUUUUUUCUUUUUUUAUUGGUGUAGUUAUGGAGCCUUUCAGGCUACUUCUGUUUAAAAUGUAAAACUUUGCCCCCUUUGCAUCUUCAUAGACUUGCAGCAGACUCCUUGGCCUGUGGGGGGGCUUGAGGUUUCCUGAGAGCCAGAUGUCCUAGAAAGUUGCUGGCUGACUUUUAUCUGGGCCCGAGGAAAGGGCUUGGACUGAUAGAAAUGUGGCCCCUUGCCUUCCUCACGAUGGAACUAAUGAUGGACCAACCUCCAGGGAGUCUCCCCAGCUGGCUUCCACUCUGGACUGGUUCACAUCACUGACCACAGAGGAACCAUGUUUUCUUCUUGUUCAGACAUAAACCUAGCGUCUAAUGGAGAAAAGUGAGGGGAAAUUCAAUGAUUUAUUAAAGACAAUUUCUAUCACACCCUCCUUUAUGACAAGUGACAUUUUAGAUGUUAAAAACUUUACCAUGCCUUUUUUUUUUUUUUUUUUGGCCUAACAUUGAGGCCUUAAACCUGAGGCUCCUGUGCCUGAUGGAAUUCUUGUAACAUACACUUGUGUAUCAUAUAAAGAUACCACUCUGUUUCUCUUAUGUAUUCUUACUCUAGUUGUUUAUUAAGAAUGACAAGCACGUCUUUUCAACA